ACACAUGAAAACUCAUCAUCGAUUUCGAAAAAUCAAAUUUAAAAUAAAACAAAAAUUUUUUCAAUCAAAAAUAUGAUCACGAUUUAUAUAAUUGAUAAUUGAACAAAAAAAUGGAAACUCAAGAAGAACUGACAAUGACAACAUCAUCCACCAAAUCAAAUGUUGUUGUCGAUAAUCCGAAUGAAUCGACAAAAGAAUCUGAAUUAUCAAAUAUUGAUUCGGAAAUGGAAAUCUUUGAUCGAAUUGCUAGUAAACUAUUACGUUCUGGUUUUCUAUUGACAGCAUUAGAAUUACAUGCCGAACUUGUUGAACGUGGUAAAGAAUCAUCAAGAUUACGUGAUUAUUUUGAUAAUCCACAAAAUUUUGAAAAACAUUUUGAUAUUUCACCAACAAAUCGUCCAUCAACAAGUAAUGAAACAAUGACAACAACAAUGUUUCCGAAAAAAAUUUCAAUCGAACGAAGUCCAUCGGAAAAUACAUUCGAUUCAUUAGAUUCUACACAUUAUUCGGAUGAAGAUAUUGAAAGACAUAUUGGUGAUGAAAGAAUUGCUGUAUUGGAAUUUGAAUUACGUAAAGCACGUCAAACUAUUGAUUCAUUACGUGCUAGUCUUACGAUGACCACAACUGGACAAUGUUCAGAUAUGGUUGAUAAUGGUGGUAAUAAUAAUAAAUUACCAUUAAACGAAUGUGAACCACCAAAUAAUAAUGAUGAUUUAUUUAUCAAUGAAUCCAAAUUUAAUGAAUAUUCCAACAAUGAAUUUAGUAGAGAUUUUUAUUAUCGUGGUUCAGCCGAUGGUGAUUCAUGUCCAGGUGAAGAUGAUAAAUUUAGUAAAAAAUCAACAAAUUUAUCAUAUGAAUCAGGUACUGGUGGUGGUGGUAAUACAAUAAUUAAACCACAUGAAAAACGUGCACUGAAUUAUCUAAUCAAUGAAUAUUUAAUGGCACAUAAUUAUAAAAUAACAUCAAUAACAUUUUGUGAUGAAAAUACUGAUCAAGAUUUUGAUAAUUGGAAUGAUGUCGGGUUAAACAUUCAAAGACCACCGGAUCUUUUACGAAUAUAUCGACAAUUUUGGAAUAAUAUUAAUCAUCAAGUUCGUCAACAAUCAUCAUCAUCCGGUUCAUAUUUGAUGCGAACAAAUUCGAAUGCAACAACAAUUGUUAGCAAUAGCCAUAAAACAAUUAUCAAUGACGAUGAUGAUGAAUUUCUUGUCAAAAAUUAAUAAAAUCAAUAUGCUUUGUAAAUAUCUAAUGAUUUGGAUAAAUAAUGAUAACUCUACAACUACCUGAUGA